AUGGCCGCCCUUACAGGGCCUCCCAGCCCUAUGCAGUCACUUCGGGAAGAAGCGGUGUGUGCCAUCUGCCUGGAUUAUUUUAAGGAGCCCGUGUCCAUCGGCUGUGGACACAACUUCUGCCGAGGGUGUGUGACCCAGCUGUGGGGCAAGGACGACGAACUGGACCGGGAACAGCCUGCCCUAGCGGGUCACGUGGUUCGAGAGGUUUUGGUUCAUAGGUACGCAGAGCGGGAGGCGUUUGAGUACAGAGCGCACGCCCGUCGCCACCACCACCACCACCACAACCACAACCACAACCACAACCACAACCACCACCACCGGGAGGGUCAUAGACGGAGACGGCAUCGAGGCAACGCUGACCCUGGGUGGGAUGACGAGGAAGAAGACUGGAACAGUUUACAAGGAUUGGUCCAGGACCUGAGGAUUAGGGUGUUUCCACAAGAAGAGAGAAGAGGUGAACGCCCCCACGACGGCCACCAGUACCAUCACCUUGGGCGCUACCGUCACCGCCCCGUCUUCCACCACGGUCCCCCACAUCCGCCCGUGCGUAGGCAGCUCUAUCCGGAAGUCCGCGUCCGUUCUCCGCCUCGCCCCAUGCCGCAGGUCUUCAGCUGCCCGCAGUGCCGAAGGACUUUCCCAAGUCGCAGUUUUCGACCCAAUUUGCAGCUUGCCAACAUGGUGCGUAUCAUUCGCCAGAUUGGCCAUACCCCGUGA